AUGAAUCCUGGUCUAUGGGGAUGCCUGAUACCCUGUGGACUGUCAUACUGGUGCGAGAGUAAGAGUGGCAGUGACCCAUGCAUUACGACGGAGAUGGGAGCAACAGCGUCAACAGACUGUCCCGGCUCUAGUGGAGGAGCAGGGAGUGGCGUCGGUUCAGGGGGAGCGGUCGGUGGCGGUGUUGGCGCUAGCGGAAUGCUCGGACUUUCGGGGAUCACCUCGACGGCGGGAAUCACGACGACCCCGCUAACGUCGGCCGGUGGUGGAGCGGGCUACGGGCCCUUGUGCGGUGUAGCCGGAAGUGGUGCUGGUGGCAGCGGAUCGGGGGGUGGCCCGGGAGCUGUUGUUCGUGAGCGGCGCAAAAAGGUGACCGGAUUUGCGACGCUAAAGAAAAAAUUAAUCCGACGACGUCGUUCGUCGAAAGCCUGUGAUCAUGGGCGCGUCCUGCGGGAGUUCGUGUCCAGCUGGAGCCCCAUGGAGCUGUCGGCCCUGCUGGAGGAGUACGAGUCGCUCGCGGCACUGAAGGAUCUCUCGGUGCAAGCGGAACUGGCCCGGCCACCGGCGACCACCUUCAAGCAGGAUCUCGCCAGCCUGUACGAUUUCAAGCACUGCACCGACUGCGAUCUGGUCUUCCGUGGGACCGUCUUUCCGGUGCACCGGGCGAUCUUAUCGGCGCGCUGCUCGUAUUUCAGAGACCUGUUGGCAGGAUGUCCCGGGUACGGAGCGCGCAUUUGUCUCGAGUUGCGGUCGUCGCCGGUGGAUGUGGCCAUGUUUUCAUCGUUGCUGCGUUACCUCUACACUGGGGAUCUCUGCACGCACGAUCCGACCAUAGACGUUAGCUUGCUGCGUCGGUUAGGGGAAGAUUUCGGUACACCCAACCCGCUCGAGAAUGAUCUCCGGUAUCUGCUGGAGACGGGCGACUACGCGGACGCUGCCAUUGUGUUCACGUCCGAGGGGGGCGACUAUCAUCGGCCCGACUCGGGCAGCUCGGAGUACGGUUUCCGGCCCAAGCUGGAGCUGCCCUGCCACAAGGCCAUCUUGAGCGCACGAUCUCCGUUCUUUAAGAACAUGAUCCAACGGCGAACGCGGAAUAUCUCGGAGGAGCACCAGCUGCAUGGGACGGAUCGGUCAUUGCACGCGACAACACGCAUUGUCCUGGACGAGGGCGUCAUCCCGAAGCGAUACGCUCGUGUGCUGCUGCAUGCGAUCUACCUGGAUACGGUCGAUUUGUCGUUAAUCCUGCGCGGCAACGGGUGUGGUAGCGGCGCGGGAAGCCUUGGCGAAGUUCAAGCGCUUACACACACUGGACGGGCCAGGCCGUCUCAUCUCGAGGAGGCGAUGGAGCUGUACCAGAUUGGGCGGUUCCUCGAGCUGGACAUACUGGCGCAGGGCUGUGAGGAUCUGAUUCUGGAGUGGCUGUCACUCGACACGCUGGCGACGGUGCUACGUUGGGGCAGUCAACCCCACGGGUCGGCCUGGGUGUAUCGGCAGGCGUGUCACUACCUGCGAGAGGAGUUUUCGGCCAUUGUCGGCUCCCCGGUGCUAUUCCAGCUCGAUAAAUCUCAGCUCAUCGAGGCACUGCAAAACAAUUUCCUGCAGGCGUCCGAACUGGAGGUGCUUCAGGCGGUGCUGAAGUGGGGCGAACAGGAGCUGAUCCGCCGGAUGGAAGACCGCGAGCCGAAUUUGCUCAGCCACACUGCGCACUCCGUCACGCGGAAGGGCAUAAAAAAGCGUGACCUCAGCGACGUGGAACUACGCGAGAUUCUAUCGGAGCUGUUGCCACAUGUGCGCAUGGACCACGUGCUUCCGCCGAACAACGAAAUUCUCAACCAAGCUAUUCGACGCGGACUCGUUAGCACGCCGCCGUCCCACAUGAUUGGGGACGAACGAGAGAGCCUCCGAAUCAACGCUUGGAUCCGCGGUGGAAAGAAUCAUGGAUUGUUCGUGCGGCCGCGGCUUUUCAUGCCGUACUACGAGGAGGUGAAGGUGCUGCUAGAAGAUCACAUCGCGUCACAACAGAUCGAGCUUCUCCGGAUGAGACGUUCCCGCCACCACAUGCCUGAUAUUCCGGACACCCUGUACAUGGUUUCGCGACUUAAUAGUAACGCCGGUACGACGCUCGGUGGUGGGUCGGCGGCCGGAGUAGACGUGGUAGCGGCCACGACCGCUCCUAUUCCAGCGCCGGAUGCACAAACCAUGGAAUCGAUGCAGAAACGAGAUCAAAAGCUUCGCCAGUCACCCGGCUGCCAGCGGGCACUCGGUUUGCCGCUUUCGAGCCGAGGCGAGAUCAAUCGACAGAUCCGGCUGAGGGUGGUGCGAGAGUUCAACUUCCCGGACGAGGUCGCCGAGUUGCUGGAAAGCGCAAACUGUUACUGCCACGACGGAGAUCCGACCGGUGUUAGCAAGGGUCAGCCAGAUUACGACCAUGACAGUCAUCUUCAUCAUCAUUCGCAUCAUCACGCACAUCAUCGGCACGAUUUGCACGCCAGUCAGCAGUCGUUGGACGAUGAAUCGACACCACCUCCUUCGCCGGCCAUGCCUAGUGCGGAGCUGGGGGCGCAGGCAUCUGUGCACUGUUUCGGUCGCAACAUGACAUUCCCUAGGCAGCAGGCACAACAGCAGCAACAGUAUCCUUCCCCGCAGCAACCGCCGUCGCACCAUCCGUCGCAACGUCCAUCGAUGGCACCACACUCUCUCCUGUCGCACGGUGGCCAUGGAUCGGUCGGAGGUGCCAGUGGUAGCAGCGGCACAGGAGGGAUCCAUUCAUCGCUCAACAACCCGCUGGCUUUGAUCGGUGGCUCCCACAGGCGACAGGAACUCCCGUCGGUCAUUCCGGGCGGGGAUAUCGUGGCAUAUCGCCUAUCGGCUCCGGCCGGAGGCGGAGUAGUGGGGCCACCAGGUGGAAUAGGUGGUGGAGGGCUCGAUUUGAGUGAAAUGGGCGCUUGUUCCGAUGGACAUCUGUCGGAUGUCAUGCCCGAUGUGGCCAUGGCAACGGCAUCGCUCGGUCAGCUCCAUCUAGGUGGCGGAAACGGGGCAGCAACUGGUGGUGGUGUUGGUAACGGAUCGGAUGUUCCGGAAAGCCUGCAUCUGGAUCUGGGUGAUGGACCGAGUCACAUGAUUGGAGCUGCCGCUAUUGGUGGACUGCACCAUAAUAUCCCGCACCACCGCUUGACUCCAGCCACAACAACUUUCCAUCACUACAUGACGCGGAAUCUUCUAAAUCCAAUACACGCCUCAACUUCGCAACAAUCUACGUCCCAAUCGCAGCAACAGGGACACCAUUCUUCUCUGCAACCUUCGGCUUCGUCUUCAUCCUCAUCGUCCUCGAUGUUGCUGGGUGGCCAUUCGGCUUCCUCUCAGCUGCACGGAUCGCAAGCAUCCCUUUCGCACGGUGGCCAGCAGUCCCAGCAACAACAGCAGCAUCACGGAUCGCAACAACUGUUGAACGUCGUGGCGCCUUCUUCGUCCCAACAGCAACAGCAGCAGCAACAGCAAUCAUCACAGCAACAAUCGCUGGCACAACGAUCGUCCUCGCCGUAUACGCUGCAUCGUGCUAGCCCAAGUCUGCCGCAUAGUUCAUAUCACUCUGGACCACCGCGAUUCUUAUAGAAAAGGCUUCAAGUAUUUCCCGAUCGGAGUCGCCUCUUCGUAAUGCCUUUCUAAAACAAAUACACAUAAAACUUAAAUGAAGAAAAAAAACACUGAAAAAAAAAACAUAAACCAUCAUAAGAUGCGUAGUGCGAGAUCAGUUAUGCUGCAAACAAUAGCAGUGUAAUUCUAGAAAGGUUGUUGAAGAUUGUGCUCGUUAGGCGCGGUUGCAUAAAUGUCAUACUUUCAGGAAUGUUGUUCAUCAAAGAAUUCCUCCGAAGAUAGAGAGUACGGCAGGUGGAACGAAUAUUACUAAUCAUAGAUUGCGGCACAGUACGAUAUUAUUGGAACAAACUGCAUUAGUUAAAGCGAAUAAUACUAUGAAUAAUGUCUUUGAAAUUACUCCCUUGCAAAAGAUCUCCCAUUAACGAAGGGCAAACGUGAAAUUUGGGAGAUGACACCGCGGCGCAUUGAAAACAAUUCGUGUAAGGGUCAGAUCGGAAGCAGCUGAACGAAAA